UAGGAGUAAAUAAAAUAAGAAAGAAACCGGGUAUGUACCAGACCUAAUACAAGUAGACGACAAAACAAGACUCCCCGCCUCUCCCGCCCUUGGCCGCCGGAUGCUUCCUGCCUCUUUCUUGUCACUAGUAGCUUGAGUUGCAGUUGUUUAGCUUAGUAAAAAUGGAAGGGAGAGUAGCGAGUACGUGGCGAAUGAGUGUGAACGAGAAGAAAUUCAUUGAGAGUGCUCUGGAUUCUGACUUGAGAAUUGAUGGUCGUAAUUCCCAUGAGUUUCGUAAAUUAACUAUCAAAUUUGGCAGAGAAGAUGGAUCGUCAGAGGUGCAACUAGGCCAGACUCAUGUCAUGGGUUUCGUAACAAGUCAACUAGUUCAGCCUUAUCGAGAUCGACCAAAUGAAGGGUCGCUUUCUAUUUUUUCGGAAUUCUCUCCAAUGGCUGAUCCUUCAUUUGAGCCAGGCCGUCCAGGAGAAUCUGCAGUUGAGUUGGGCCGGAUAAUUGAUCGUGGUCUAAGGGAAAGUAGGGCAGUGGAUACAGAAUCACUUUGUGUUCUUGCUGGGAAGUUAGUAUGGGCCAUUCGGAUUGACCUUCACAUCUUAGAUAAUGGGGGAAAUCUUGUUGAUGCUGCCAAUAUUGCUGCUUUAGCUGCUCUCUUGACAUUUCGAAGACCAGAAUGCACAUUAGGGGGAGAGGAUGGUCAACAAGUGAUAGUUCAUCCGCCUGAGGUGAAAGAACCUCUUCCUUUGAUAGUACAUCAUCUCCCUAUAGCCGUGACAUUUGCAUUUUUCAGCAGUGAGCACACCAUGGUGGUAGAUCCAACCCAUAAUGAGGAAGCUGUUAUGACAGGAAGAAUGACUGUUACAGUGAAUGCAAAUGGUGAUAUUUGUUCUAUUCAGAAAGCUGGAGGAGAGGGAGUAAUGCAGAGUCGUAUAAUGCAUUGUUUGCGUGUAGCAUCUAGGAAUGCUGAGUCUAUAACAAAGAAGAUAAAAGAUGCAGUUGAAGCAUACAACACAGAGAGAGCAUUACGCAAGAUCAAGCGCCACUCUACUUCUGUUGCUGUCAAUGUUAGCACAGCUAUUGAUGUGAGAGAGCUUGAAAACAAACCUUUCAUUCAGAAGGGUAUUAGUGAGAUAUCAAGGCACCAGAUGGAGAGAUUGAAGCUAACAUCUGAAGAAAGCAGUGUCAGUCAAAGUAAUGGCAUUGACAGUGGACUGAGGUCAUCAGAACAAGGGGGAACUAGUAAUAGAGAAGGCAAUGCCACAAAUUUUCUUGGGGGGCCCUCACGCUGGGAUCCUUACUCGAAGGGUGUUGAUUCAGAUUUCCUAAAAGCUUCUCUAGCAUCACAUGGAGUUUCAGCACCCAACAAAGAAAAAGGAGGUGAGCAAAAGAGCACGCAAGCUGUGGACGAGAAGGCACCUGAAACAGCAAAACCAGCUACUUCAGUUGGUGAAACGUUUGAAACUGGGAUUCAAACAAGCGGAGAGAAGACUUUGAAAGAUGCUGUAAAGCCCAAGAAUAAGAGAAGGAAAAGGGCAUCGUCCAGCAUGAAUGCUAGUUAGACAAACUUCUGAUGCAAGACAUAUGUUGAUGUUAUGAUUCUUGAGACAUGGGUUUUUCCAAGGCCCCUUUGUUAAGUUGAAUGGUAAAUGGUGUUUAAAACCAUACUCAAAUGGUGAAUGGCAUGGAGCGGCCAAUGAAGUUAAAUUAACUCAAGAAUGGGACUUGACCCUUCACACACAAGCUUUGCUGCCUACUAAAGGAGUGAGGUAUAUCAUACUUGGCCAAAUGGAUAGUUUAAUUUGGCGUUGCACUGCUCAAGUUGCAUCUCCGUAGGUCAUUAUAUAGAAUUUUUAGAUUGACUACGUUAGAGAUGUGUUUCUAUUUUAAAUUUCUCUUUUUUCUUUCCAUUCCCUCAAGCCCAACCCGAGUGCCUCCUCCUUUUUCCCUUUACUUGAUAGAGGUGAAUAUUUCAGUUUUGGUGUACAAGUUCAAUAUGAAGGUGUUCUGAUAAUUUUGUUGUUUUAUUAAGAGGAAAAAGAAAAGAUACUUCAUCGUUAUGCAAAAGUCAAGCUUUAAUUGGACUGUUCAA